AUGGCGAAGAAGAAGGUGAGACAGACAUCGGGUGAAGAGGCCUCGCUGGACAAUGGCAGUGGAAGUCAACCGUCUGUGCCCGCGAUCACGGCGCAAGCGUCUCCGGCAUCGUCAAGUUCGGCUCCUAAGCAGAGAUCUAGAACAUCACAAGCGGCGUCGUCGUCGACGGGUAUUCCACCUUCGCUCGUCAUCUGUCGCAAUAAGUAUGUACACUGGCGUCACAUCUCUUCCUACCACGGCCCGUGGCUGCAGAUGCCCUUUGAGAUCCUGGAGACGCUGGCCAACAUCAACUACAACACGCCGCUGCCGCGGCCCAUCGACGCCGCCUCCUUCUUCGACCUCGUCAAGGUGCGACGGCUCGUCGACGAGGCCACCAACCUCGCCGUGAGGGCUGCUAGUGACAUCGCCUCACCGACGCUGACCAAUGUCAAUGGCGGCUUUCCGAGCAUAUCGUCCGCCAUGGGAGGGCAUGGGAUGGGCGCGCCGGGCCAUGGCGGGAAACUGAGCAGGGAGCGCAAGUUCCGCAUGCGAGAGCAGGCAAGCCAGAAGCUGGGACGGGCGUAUCGCCUGGACGAAAUCGCCUGCAGCGUUGCGACGAUGCAGGGAGCGUCGCCGCUGGAAGACGUGGGCAGCCUGGUGUUGCAGCGCAGUCCCAAGGAUCCCGACGCCAAGUAUGUGCACUUUUUUCACGAAAAGAUACCAUCACGAAAGAUGGCAGAGUGUACGAGUCUGCAGCCUCUGACGGACAUCAUCGAGGACCGCCCGGGAGAGCCAGAGGUUCUGCGGACUCGCGCGACUGUCAAGAUCUUCAAGGAGGAUCUCGACGGUGCCGUUUUCGAUCUCACGCACGCCCUGUCUAUAUCUCAGUUCCUUCGCAGGUCGCAUAGCUCUGGUCAGGAAGAUGCCCAAGGGGGAGACGCCCAGCGCACAGCCCGGAGACGACCUCACGACAUCAUUUUGGCAGAGAAGGAUCAGCCGAGCAGCCUUGAGGCUCAGUUGUACUUCCAGAGAGCGUCCGUGUAUCUGACAAUGGCUUCUGAGCGCAUCUUGGAUAGCAUGCCGACGCCCUCAUCAUCCAGUCCUACGAACGGGCAAGCAGUGACUGACGAAGCAGACGACGGAGACGCAGGAGCAGAAGCCAAUGGCAAAAGCUCGCCCGACGCCGACAAGGAGAGCGCGCGAAAACAGGCCGAGGCACGGAAGCUAGUCAAGACGUUCGCCAAGCGCGCCAUCAAGGACUACUUGUCUUUCAUGGCAAACUACCACUACUCGCCCAACCUCCCCGUCAAGGUCGCCAAGGAGUUCAACGACCGCGUCAACCUGGUCGCACACGGCAUGCGCAGUUCAAGGGCCAUCGACUCGAGCAGCUGGACCGACUCGCACACCGUUUACCCCCUGUCCGACCUCUUUCGCUCCGUUCCCCCCGCGGAUCUCCCGCCGUAUCCCUCUCAGGAUCUGUUGAGCAAGCUGGAUUCGGAGCCGGACGAAGCUACGUGCGAGUGGGUAACGUAUCACCCGCUGCUCACCGACGCCUUGCACUCGCUGCUCCUGGCGCACUGCCUCGCCCAGACUUCCACCAAGGAGAUCCAGCGGCAUGCGUACAUGGUCGCUCGCCUUGUCAGGCUUUCCGACGGGUAUCCCCUAUUUCAAGCGAAUAGGUCCCCUGCGCGAGCCGAUUGGGCCGAAGUCGUCCAUCGUACCGACAACUGGCUUGGUCUGAGCUCCUCGUGGGACACCUUGUGCACGCCUGCGCCGCUGCCGAUAUAUGAUGACGAGCCGUGCAGCCACCACACGUGUCUUCACGCCCACAACCACGCCCAAAAGGGCGCUGCCGUGUCUGCUGGCAAGGCCGCCUCUGCUGCCGCAGCUCUCCUCGCCGGGGGCUCCUCCGAUGCCGCGGCCGAGGAAGAGCGGCGCCGAAGGGAGCUGAUUCGCGAGCAGGCCAUACUGGAUGCCCUAGAUGAUGAACGGGUGACUGACGAGGCGUCGUUCCGCGCGGCCAUCAAUGCGCAUGAGAAGCGGGCUCAGCAGGACGAUGCCAUCUCCUCUGACAAGCCCUUCAACGGCACCAGCGUCACGCCCAAACCAGGUCCAGGAACGAGCCCAAGCACGACUGGGCCAGAUGCCCCGAAUGGGGCUUCAAAGAACAACAACAAUACUAAGGCGAAACACCCUCGCCCGCCCACGGAAGACGCCGAGGCCGAGCCCUCGUCGCGUCGAUGGUCCGCCGAAGACGGCAAAGACUAUCCGCUCAUGACGGAGCGCGCCAACGCAAUUGCGCGAUGGGUGCAAGAGGCUCCUGUCGUCACCGGCAUGGUCAAACGCAAGAAGCGGACCAAGAAGCCAGUGGGCGAUGCCAAUGGCGCUCCUGCAAAGGUCGCCGCGGCCGGGGAGGCACUGGAGAAGCUGGAGAUUUAG